GCGGGUCCGGGCAGCGGCCCGGGGCGCCCCGCACUCGGCCCGGAGCCGGCGGCAGCUCCGCAUCCCCGGCCCCGGAGCCCCGCGGGCAGCGCAGGAAGCGACCCGAGCCCCGCGGGAGACGCGCGCUGGCUUUCAGGGGGGCCAGGGACCCCCGGGAGACCGAGCUGACCCAGGGCCCUGGCCCCACGGCUGCGCCCGGAGACCAAGGCAGAGCCGUGGGCAAAAUGCACCAGAGACGCAGCCACCCGGACCCCAACCACGGUCGGACUCCGGAGCUCCCCGAAGCGCCGGUGCCGUGGCCGGGUGCCCCGUCCUGCGAGUGCGGCUCUCGCGCCUUCGUCUGCCUGGGCCAGCGCGCCCAGCUCAGCCGACACGUGGCCACUCACUGCCGGCCCCCAGCCCACCCCGCCCCACCCAGGCGGAGACGCGGCGGUUCAGGUGCCCGGUCUGCGGGAAGGGCUUCAAAUACAAACACCACCUGAAAGAGCAUGAACGGAUCCACAGCGGCGAGAAGCCCUACGAAUGUGCCACCUGCGAGAAGCGCUUCUCCCAUUCGGGCUCUUACAGCUCCCACCUCAGCUCCCGCCGCUGCCUCCUGCCCGCCCCCGACGCCCCGGCCCCAUGGCAGAGCCGCCCAUGUGCUGCCAGGCCCCGGGGGGGCCACGGCAGAGACCUCUGCUCCCCACACAGCCCCGACCCGGCUUGGCCCCUUCUGGGCCCCCCUGACCUGGGAAUGGAGGGACCCAGAGAUGCCAAUGUGCCAGGGCCUGGCCCUGACCGGGGCCCCCCCGAGAUCCCCACCAUGGAGCAGCCCUUGGACCUGUCUCUGCCCAAGCCAGGCAAGGAGACGGAGCCCAGCCCGGUGCCCUCGGAGGAGCCCCCGAGCCGGCUGCCCUACGAGCCCCUCUACCUGCCCACCUCCCUCUGCACCCUCUUCCCAGCCUUCCUGCCCAGUACCCUCAGCCAUCUCCUCCCGCACGGGGCCCCUCGGCUGCACGGGAACCCGGAGCUGCCGGCCCCCCAGUUCCUGCCCUUUCUCCUCUACCCGUACGGGGCGGAGUCGGAGCCAGCCCUGCCCACGGGCCACAGGGAGCAACACAGGCCUCUGGGAGCCGGCGGGGCCGGGUGGCGCCCCCUGCAGGCGGCCGGGGAGCCGGGGGGCGGCCGGAGGCAGUUACGCAGGACCCCCGACGGGCUGUAUCUCUGCGAGCUCUGCCCCAAAACCUUCCAGAAGAGCAGCUCCCUCCUGCGGCACCAAUACGAGCACACGGGGAGGCGCCCGCACCGCUGCCCGCUCUGCCCCAAGGCCUUCAAGCACAAGCACCACCUGGCGGAACACGCCCGGCUGCACUCCGGGGAGCGCCCGUUCCAGUGCGCCCGCUGCGCCCGCCGCUUCUCCCACUCCGGCUCCUACUCGCAGCACGUCAACCACCGGCAGGGCUGCUGCCGGGCCUGGGCGCCCCGCCCCCGCGGGGAGACCCCCACCCCCCACGGGGAGACCCCCGCCCCCCACAGGGAGACCCUGGCCCUUGCCCCCCACGGGGAGACCCCCACCCCCCACGGGGAGACCCUGGUCCCUCAAGGGGGAGACCCUGGCCCCCUGUCACCAGGGCGACACCCCAGCUCCCUCCCCGCACAGGGAGACCCCGGCCCCUGCCCAUACUUCCCACAGGGAGACCCCAGCCCCCACCCCCUGUCAGCAGGGCAACACCCCGGCUCCCAUCCCUCACAGGCAGAUCCUGGCCCCCACCCAUUGUCACCAGGGUGACACCCUGGCUGCCUCCCCCCACAGGGAGAUCCUGGCCCCUGUCCCCCACAGCCAGACCCUGACCCCCCUGGGAGAUCCCAGCCCCCACGGGAGACCCCAGGCACUGCCCACGGUCUCCCUGGCGACACCCCGGCCCCCAGGGAAAGACCCUCAUCCCCACCCCUGUAGGGAGACCCCACCCCAGCCUACUGUGGGCACCAGGACCUCAGGGAGACCCCACCCCCCACUGGGCCUAGGACCUGGGGCUC